AUGGCUCACGCGGCGAGCAAGACGCACCAAGUACGGUCAGAAGGCAUUUUCCACGGAUUGCCAUUCAUCGAUGCUGCUCGAAAGAACCUUCGGGCUAUAAUUGUUGGCGCAAGCGGUCAGUCUGGCCAACCCGUGGUUGAUGUGCUAAGCUCCAGUCCGGACCGAUGGGAGAAGGUCUAUGCCCUGUCAAGGAGGCCGCCCAAGACGGAAGCGAAGAACGUGGAACAUGUAGCUGUGGAUUUGCUCUGGGAGCCAGAACAAAUUGCUGGUGCCUUGCGGAAACACCAAGUCCAGGCUGAUUAUAUCUUCUACUUCGGCUAUGUGCAGGUUGCAAGACAAGGUGUCGACUCGGCGGUGUUUGGGGAUGCAAAUGACUUGGCCGAAAUCAACGGACGGCUCUUUGAGAGCUUUCUUCUCGCCUUAGACCAAGCGGAUGUUCACCCCAAACGAAUUGUGCUCCAGACCGGGGGCAAGAACUACGGCGUUCACCAAGGCCAUGUGAAUGUCCCCCUCACCGAGGAUUCUCCCAGGGUGGAAUUAGAGCCCAACUUCUAUUACACCCAAGAAGAUUUACUGGUGAAAUAUGCCAAAACCCACCCUGGGGUCAGCUACAACGUGACCAUGCCGCAAUGGAUUUUGGCGGCAGUCGCCGGUACAGACAUGACCAUCUUCUAUCCGUUGGCAGUCUAUGCUUCCAUUCAGCGAAAGCUAAAGCAGCCCCUGCAAUAUCCCGGUGAUUUGGUAUCUUGGGACAACAAUCAUCCUAUAUCGACAGGUGUCAUUCUUGGUACCUUUUACGAAUGGCUGGUAUUGACCGACGACACCGCGGGGGAGUCUUUCAAUAUCACCGACGGAUCGGAGUUCACCUUUUCCAAACUAUGGCCGAUUCUGGCGUCGUGGUUUGGUUUAGAGUGGCUUCCCCCUCAAGAAAACGGCAGCUACCACGAGGUAGAGCUGCCAUAUGUUCCGAGAGGAUAUGGCCCGAAAGGCAAGCUCCGGUCAACCUUUAGCUUCAUCGAUUGGGCAAAGGAGCCAGCAACUCGACAAGCCUGGGCUGAGCUGAAGCAAGAGCACGAACUCAACACCGAGCCUUUGCAGGAUCCCGAGAAGACAUUUGCUUUUCUACAGUUUGCGCUCGAGCUGACAUGGUCCUGGUCGACGAGCUUGAAUAAAGCCCGCAAGUUUGGCUGGCAUGGCCAUGUAGAUUCUAUCGAAUCUAUACACGCCGUGUUCAAAAAGUUCACGGAAUUGAAAAUGCUUCCGCCGUUCUGA